CGUAAUUAUUUCGCGUAUGGACGGUUUACAGUUGAAAAUGAAAAUGGACGUCGAGGAAAAUGACGGGCGAUUAGCCAUAGUUCCGCUGGGUGACAAAAGUACAUUCGACGGCAAAACAGAAUCAGCCGACGAAAACAGUACGGAAGCCGAGUUGAUAAUAAUUCCUGAAGAGCACAUACCAAUCGAAAAUGAAGUUUCGAUAAAAGACGAUCUAUACGUUGACUGCGAUGCUGGACACCCAUCAGUGCCAGGCGAUAAAAAGGUGAACGAUAUCUUCGAUGAAAUUGGAUAUUCGUCAUUUGAAAAUCCACUUCAUAUUGAAUCUGAUAAAUUGUAUCUUUUACACGAUGGAGAUAUUGAUUUGGCGGGACGAGUUGGAUUGAUACGGCGAUCUCAGGUUGAUAGAACACCGGUCAUACCCGACAGAAAAGCUAUGAGGGUACUUCUACGUCAUAUCUAUGACGUCACUGGAGACGUAUAUGACGACAUCCCAGCCAAGUACCGUACGUCACAUGUCAGUCUAGCGUUUUAUCUCAAAUUGUGCAUCCGAUGCCCAGGACAACGGCUGACAUCCGAAACACAGCGACAGGUUCAAGUUUGACCUUACGGGGCAUUCACAGAAUCGUAACAAAGAUGUCACGGUGCUAUUUCAAAUCAAAUUGAUAACAGUUGCUUCUUUCUCCGGCACACGACAACUUAUUGUAAUAUAUCAGAGGGUUUGACCUUUGGACUCCCCGAGUAGCUGUAAAAGUCCUACCCAACAGUCCGAAUAUGUAUAUGUAUUAC